AUGGCAAACUUACAAGUGGAGGGUGUGUCCCCCUCACCGUCCCCUCAGCUAUCGAGGAAGGCAAAAGUGAUGAUCACCACAGACUUUAUGAAGAAAGACACUGAUGUAGAAGAAGAUCUAGAGGAUAAUCGUAAGAAGCUAGAUUCAUCGUUGGUUGAGCACACGAGUAUGAUGAAAGGCGCUAUUCCAGUUCUACCCAUCGUGUUAGCAUACUUCUGUCUGAUAUGCAACCUGCUUAUACCUGGUUUAGGUACGGUCUUGAGCGGCAUGUUCUGCGUAUGCUUCGGUAUACCCAGGUUCGGAGUGUACGACGGAGCCAAACAUAGAAUAGGCUCGCUGGUGAUCAACUUGGUGGUGGGUUGCGGGCAGCUAUUCACAGUGUUGUUCUGUCUGGUGGGGUGGGGCUGGUCUAUCUGGUGGGGCGUCAUCAUGCUCAAAAUAUCGCGUAAAUAUCGUAAACUGAAAGCGGAAGAAGCGGCAGCCGAAGCUGAAGCAGCACCUCCGGUCACUGCUAAUAACCACACACGUGCGUAA